AUGGCGUCCAAGGCCACCACUAGCCACCCCCUGGCUCCUCCAUUGGUUCUGGUGGUGGAUAAAGUUGCUCCUGCCACUCUCCAGGAUCCGUCACUUGACACUGGAGUAAACAGGGCGUGCAGGAUGCUGGCGCGUGUUGAACCUCUACUCGGGGUGUACUCAGACCUAGUGCGGUACUACCUGGCUGUGUCUCUUGGGGUACAUAGGAGCACAGGAAAACUGUUGUCUGUCCUGGCUAGCAUCUUCACUGAGCUUGCUCAGAAGGGCUUCUGCCUGCCUCAGGAGCUGAUGGCUGCUGGAGAUGGUGCCACAGAGUUUCAUGAUUUUGAGAACGGUGGUAUUGGAGAGGGUGACGGCACCAAAGACGUCAGUGACAAAAUUGAGAAUGAAGAUCAAGUUGAGGACAACUUUCAGGAGGGUCAGGAGAAAGAAGACGAGCAGGACAAGGAGAACAUCAAGUCAGAAGACAAUGCCAUUGAAAUGUCAGAAGACUUUAAUGGCCAAAUGCACGAUGGCGAUGAAAAUAAAUCAGAUGACGAUGAGGAUUCAUCUAAAGAGGAUGAAGAGGAACUGGACAAAAAGAUGGGAGACCUGGGAGAGGGUCAGACAGAUGCUCUGGAUGAAAGAAUGUGGGGAGAUGAUGAUGAAGAGGAAGAAGGAAGUGAGGAGGAGGAGUCUGGACAAGGCAUGGAUCAGGGUGAAUCAGAGCUGGUUGCCAAAGACGAUAACUUGGACAAGGAGGACUCCAAAAAAGACAAGAAAAACCAGGACAAAGAUGAACAAACUUGUGAAGACGAGAAAGAGAAGAUUCAUGAACAAGGAGAUGAGAGGGAGUUUGAUGAGAAUGAGGUGGACCCAUAUCAUGGUGAACAAGACAAAAGACAAGAACCUGAAGCCAUGGAGCUGCCUGAGGACCUCAACCUGGACCAGGAUGAAGCUGGAGAUGAUGACGAGGCUGAUGAUGGUGAAGAGAAUCCAUUAGACAUCGAUGAAACCAUGAACCAAGAAACAACGGAGAAAGAAGAGAUAAAUGGAGGGGAGGAGGAACAGGUAGAGGAGAUGGAGGAGAACCAGCCUGAAGAGAAAAAUAACCAACCUGAAAUGAAGGAAGAGGAGGAAGAGGAAGGAGGAGGUUGUAAAAAUGAAGAAAAUGAGGGAGAGGAGGAGAGAGAAGGAGAAAAAGAGGAAGAGGAGGAUGUGACGGCACCAAAUGACUCACAAGAAACAUCAGAGAAAGAGGCUGAUGGUAAAGAUGAGGAUGACGAGCAGCUCGACUCAGCUGAGAGGAAGAGUCACAACACAGACGGUCAAACUGGAGAGGAGAACGUUCAGUGUGACUCAGCUGUGGAGCUCGCAGGGGAGGCGUCAGAGAGAGACGAUGCUAAAGAGGAGCAUGGCAGUGGAGCGGCUGAUGCCAGCCAGUCAGAAGGUCAUGAGUCAAAGCUGAUGGCUAAGGUGGCUUCACAAACACAGACUCAGAGCAAAACUCAGAGCUUCAAGAGAAAACCGGGCCAAGCCGAUAAUGAGCGCUCGACAGGUGACCAUAACGAGCGUGUUAACAAGCGCCUGCGCACGGUGGAUAACCGGGAGGAGCGCACAGGGAACAAGCAGAGUGAGACCCAGCUGGAGUCUGAUCUGUACGAACACAUCAGACAGCAGGACAUGGCCUACGACACGCAGACCUACGAUGUUGCCAGUGCAGACCAACAAAAACCAGCAGGGACUCAACAAAACCAGAAUGAAGAUGAGGACGACGCCAUGGAAACAGAGGAGCAGGAGAAGGAGCUGGAAGCUGCUGAAGUCGCGGAGUUGCAGCCUGAUCAACUGGACUCUUCCAAGCACUCACAGAAAGCUGUGGAUAGUGGUGAAAUGGAGAUGAAGAGGCAGGCAGAGGAAGAGGAAGAAAAGCGACGUAAAGACCAACCACAGGCCAGAGAAGAAGAGCAGCGAGAGAGGAGCACAGAAUCCACAGUUCAUACAGCUCCUCAGCUGCUGCUGGACUCCAUGCAGAAGGCUGACAGGAACCCUGAAGAGCUGAGGAGGGAGAUGGAGCUCCAGCUGGAGACCUGGAACAAACUGGCCCCAGGAACCCUGGAGGAGGAGACGGCAGCGUCCUCCAUGUGGCAUCAGUACCAGGCUCUGACUUCAGCUCUGUCCCAGCAGCUCUGUGAGCAGCUCCGCCUCAUCCUGGAGCCCACUCAGGCCACCAAACUGAAAGGGGAUUACCGCACAGGGAAGCGUCUGAACAUGAGGAAGGUCAUUCCUUACAUCGCCAGUCAGUUCCGCAAAGACAAGAUCUGGUUAAGGAGGACCAAGCCCAGCAAGAGGGAGUACCAAAUCUGUCUGGCUGUGGACGACUCCUCCAGCAUGGUGGACAACCACUCCAAACAGCUGGCGUUUGAAUCUCUGUCAGUGAUCGUCAACGCUCUCACCCUGCUGGAGGUCGGACAGGUGUCUGUGUGCAGCUUUGGUGAGCAGGUGCAGCUGCUGCAUCCCUUCCAGCAGCAGUUCAACGAUGCGUCGGGGGCUCGGAUCCUCAGACUCUGUCAGUUCCAGCAGAAGAAGACCAGAAUAGCUCAG